CCCCCUGCCCCACGCGAGGCAGCGCCCCCGCCUUUCCGGCGGCGAACCAGGCUAGAGUCCCGCCCCGCCGCGAGCCCCCGCCCCCCGGCACCAGUCCCAGCCUGCCCCGCGCGGAGACGUUGGCUUCCAGCCCGCCCCUCGCCUCCCAUGGUGCUGUGCGGCACAGCGCGCCGCCAUUGGCUGGAUUUGAAAAGGGACCGCGGCGAGUCCGGCGGAGAGGUCUCGCGUCCUCCGCAGAAUGGAACCAGUUUUGGAUAAAGCAACAAUUAUAAGACCAUCCUAUAUUGCUAGUAUUGAGCUAUCUCCAAGAAAUGGGCCAGUAAAUGUUGAGGACCUUAAAGCAGACCUCUCAGAUGAAUUUUCCCUGGUUUCUUCAAACUUGGAUAUAAGCCAGAGGAACAGUUUGGAUUCCAAGGAACAUAUACAAGUUUGCCUUCGUAUUAGGCCUUUCACAGCAACUGAAAAAGAAAAUGAAUCUCAGGACUGUGUUUCUAUUCAAGACUCAACUAGCAUUAUAUUGAAAGGCCCUAAGAAUUCCAUGAUCUGUCGGCUGAGUGAAAAAAAUGUAGGGCAGAUGGUGCAGAAAUUCACUUUUUCACGAGUAUUUGGACCUGAAACAACUCAGGAAGAGUUCUUUGACGGUACUGUGAAACAACCAGUACAAGACUUCUUAGAGGGACACAAUCGUCUUAUUUUCACUUAUGGUGUGACAAAUGCUGGAAAAACCUACACGUUCCAAGGGACAGAAGCUGACAUUGGUAUUCUGCCAAGAACUAUGGAUAUGUUGUUUAAAAGCAUUCAUGGCAAACUGUAUCCAGAUAUGGAUUUCAAACCCCUUCGAUGUAGAGAUUAUAUAAGGCUGACUAAAGAACAAGUGAGAGAAGAAAUUGCUGUUAAAAAUUCAAUACUUCGUCUAAUGAAAGAGGUAGACUCUCAAAACAGCAUAAACAAUCACAGCAAAACUUCAGAAUCAUCUGAAGACUUGGAAGAACUCCUAAAAGAACCUGAACAACCUAACACAAGCAUGGCAAGCUACAUGAAAUUUUCUGUUUGGGUUUCCUUUUGUGAGAUUUACAAUGAGUGCAUUUAUGACUUACUACUCCCAGUGUCAAAUGACAAGAAAAGAAGGGUGCUACGUCUUGCUCAAGACAUCAAAGGUUGCUCUUAUGUAAAAGAUCUGCAGUGGAUUCAGGUUUCUGAUUCAAAAGAAGCUUUUAAACUUCUGAAGCUCGGGUUGAAGCACCAGAGUAUUGCUUGCACAAAACUGAAUACUUACUCCAGUAGAAGUCACAGCAUAUUCACUGUUAAAAUGUUAAAGAUUGAAGAUUCCGAAGCACCUAAUGUAACACGAGUCAGUGAAUUGGCGCUCUGUGAUCUUGCUGGCUCAGAGAGAUGCACCAAGACGCGCAAUGAAGGUGAUAGAUUGAAAGAGAGUGGAAAUAUUAACACCUCUCUACUGAUUCUAGGCAAAUGCAUCAAUGCACUCAAGAACAGUCAACAGUCAAAGCUGCAGCUGCAUAUACCAUUUCGGGAAAGUAAACUAACUCACUUCCUUCAAGGCUUUUUCAGUGGAAAAGGGAAGGUAUAUAUGAUAGUAAACAUCAGCCAGUGUGCUGGUGCAUAUGAUGAAACCCUCAAUGUGCUAAAGUUCUCAGCAAUUGCCCAAAAAAUUUGUGUUCUAGACACUUCUAAUGCUCCCCAAGAUCAGCCAUUUGUCCAGAAGUCUGCAAGAGAAGUCUCUCUCAUAAAUAAUGUGGACACUAAAAUCCAGGUAGCAAGAAAAAGAGCCACUGUACUUUGGGACAGGAGCCUGGAAGAUGUGAUAGAAGAUGACGAUGAUUUAACUGUGGAUAACAAUGAGACACAUGAGGAGCAUGAUAUGGCAAAAGAAAUGCCGGAGGAGGAGGAGGAGCAUGAUAUGGCAAAAGAAAUGCCGGAGGAGGAGGAAAAUAAAGUAAUUAUUGGAAGAGAAGAGUAUCUGAGACUACUAAAUAUAAUGGAAGACUUGAAAAGCAAGUUGAUCAAUGAGAGAAAAGAUAAGUUACUCCUGGAAUUAAAAAUUCGUGAAGAAGUCACACAAGAAUUUACUCAGUAUUUUGCUCAACGGGAAACAGAUUUCAGGCAAUGCCUUUCUCAUGAACGAGAGUUGCUAGAAGAAGCUUCUGAACAACGCUUGGAAAUCUACAAGGAUUUAGUAAAUGAAUGUGCCAAAAACCUGGAUGAAGAACAGGAGAUAAAGGAUUCCCAUUGUAAUGAAAGAGCUGGAAUGCUGGAAGGAGGCAAUAAUGUAGCUCCUGAGAACUGUAUUGAUCUUGAGGGCAUUAUUAAUUUUCUGCAAGAUGAUGUCACUGAUAUUAAGAAGCAGGCAGAAGAAGCUCACAGGUAUAUUGUAUCCCUAGAAGACCCACAGGAAGCUAUUGCUUGGCUUGAACAAAAACUGGGAAAAGUUACUGUUGAGCUAACUAAAACCAAAGAAGAGCUGACACAGAGAACUAAAGAGCUUGAAAUGCAAGUGAUUAAAUUAAGUGAAUCUGCUCAACAACUUGAAGAAGCUACUGAGAAAAUGACGACACAGAAUAAACGAAUUCAAGAGCUAAUGCACAUUGUGGAGCAAAAAGAUGAUGUUAUAAGUAGACUACAGGACUUAAUAUCCCAUUUAGAAACUACAGUAAAAGACUAUGACAACACUGUAACUACCAUUAAAAGACAAAUGGCAAAGGAGAACAGCGAUGGGACAAUAGAAGGCACUCAGUCUAGUGAAAGUGUGAAGCAUGUGUUGAAUGUAGGAAGAAAACGCUGUUUUGAAAGUAAGCCUACCCAAGAUGAAGAGCCACCUACAAAGAAAGGGUCCAUUAGAAGUGCAUGUAAAGGUGAUGCAAUAGAGCAAAAGAAAAUUGAAGAAAUGCAACAAAACAUUUUAGAAAAAGAGGCAGAAAUACUAGCAUUACAGGAAAGAAGUGAAUCUCUAGACUGUCAAUUAGCUAUAUUUAAAGAAGAACUUACAAAUGAAAAAAGGGAAAAAGAAGGGUUCAGUAGACAGAUGGCAAACUUGUGCCUAGAGCUAUCUUCUUCAAAAGAAAGGGUUUCUGGUUUAAGUGAGGAACUCCAGCAGUGUCAGGCUAGUUAUGGGAAAAUAGCUUCUGAAUUAGACAUACAAAAAGCUAUAAAUAAAGAGCAAGAGGAGAAGAUUAAACAACUGACCAAAGAGGUAGAAGCCUCUAGUCAAAAUAUCAUGGUCAAAGUGUCACAAAUAAAAGCAAUGCAGACAAAGAUAGACGAGUUGCAUAAACUUGAUUUAGAAUCUUGUACUAUAGAUGUUGAUCUGGUCAAUCUAAAGGAUUUUUUGGAAGAUUCUCAAAAAGAUAAACCAGAGAAAAUUCAAAUGCAUUCCUUAAACACACAGUGCCAAACAUCUAAUAUUGCAGAUGUCAGGCGAGAGAGCUCUUUCCAUUGCAGUAUUGAAGGCAUUUGGAAAGAGUGCAAGCAAAUUAUUAAGGCCUCUUCCCAAAAAAGUAAUCAGAUCCAAGAACUCCUUCAACAAGUUGAAAAUUUACAAAAGAGCAUCAGUAAGGCGGAGAGUGAGAACAAUCAACUAAAAGUACAAUUGGAUGACAUUACAAAUCAGAGUAAUUUGUCCAUAAAGGAAAAGGAGAACCUUGUUAAUCAGUUACAAGAACAAUUACAGGAAAAAAUGUGUGAGUCUGAAAAACGUGGGGCUGAAGAUAGAAGAGCAAUUACCCAACUUGAGAAACAAAGUGCCAGCCACAAGGAGAGAAUAAAAGAACUUGAAUGCCUGUUGGAAUCUAAUAGGGCUAAAGAUGACAAUGCAGCCAGGCUAGAACAAAUACUUAGGGAAAAAGACUCUAUCAUUUUAAAGAUGGAAAGUGAUGUAAAAGACUUGGAAAAGAAAUGUAUGAAUUCAGAAAUAAAAAUCCAAGAUUUAAACGAUCAGGAAACAAAACUGAAGGAGGAAGUCAUACAAUUGAAGAAUAACUUGAAAACUAUUGAACAUUCACUUCAGGAAAAGGAGAGAAAAGAAGAAGAAUCAAAAAAAGUCACAGAACAGUUAAAUAAAGAACUCUCAGAGAGUUCUGCCUGCAUACAGUGUCUAGAAAUGGAUUGUCAGAGGAAAGAUGAGGCGUAUACAGAUCUGAAAGAAAAGCUAGCUGAUGCUAAGAAACAAAUUGAGCAAGUGCAGAAAGAGGUGUGCACAAUGCGUUCAGAGGAGAAAUUACUGAGAAGCAAAGUUAAUGAACAUGAGAAAACUAAAAACCAAUUUGCUGAGGAACUAGAUAUGAAACAGCGGACAAUCCAGCAACUUAGAAAGGAACUGUUGGGUAAUAAGCAGAUAGAAGAAAUCUCAAAACAAUACCAGAAUGCAUGUAAAGAUCUGCGCGCGAAAGAGAAAAUAAUUGAAGACAUGCGACUGACAUUGGAGGAACAAGAACAGACUCAGCUGGAACAAGAUCAAGUGCUAGAGGCCAAAUUAGAAGAGACUGAGAGAUUAGUUUCUGAACUGGAAGAAUGGAAGCAGAAAUAUAAAGAGCUGGAGAAGAAUAAAAGAGAGUGGCAACAAAAAAUAAACAAACAUGAGGACAAAAACAUAGAUGCAGUUAGUGGAGAACUAAUCAGUCUACAAGAAAGACUUAAGGAAAUUGAAGAAAAGUGUAGAACUGACAGAAAGAAAUGGGUGGAAGAAAAAAUGGGGCUUAUAACUCAAGUAAAAGAAGCUGAGAAUCACCGAAACAGAGAGAUGAGAAAAUUUGCUGAAGAUAGAGAACGUCACGUAAAGCAACAAACAGAAGUGGAGAAGCUUACUGCACAGCUGGCAGAAAAGGAUAAUGACCUGCAAAAGUGGCGUAAAGAAAGAGAUCAGCUAGUAGCAGCUUUGGAAGUACAGCUCAGUACUUUGGUUUCUAGCAACAUUCAAAAAGAUAAAGAAAUACAGGAACUGAAACAUACCACAUUAACGGGUUCAGGAAAGGAUUACGGAACUGCAAUAGAAGAACUAAGGAGACAGUUGGCUGAAAAAGAUGAUACUAUAAAGAAGCUAAAACAACUUUCUUGUCAUGAAAAUCCUAAAACUUUAAGGGUAACUGCAUUAGCUGAAGAAGAAGAAAAUAAAGGGAAUGAAUACCUCCAUAGUAAACAGUUUAAGGAAAAACAGAGAGAAAAUAAUCCUAUAGCUGGACAAAGUAUCCCAAUAAGCUGCAAUGAAGUUAAAGACAAUCUAUUAUCAAAAUGUCCAAGCAGUGUAUCUUCAUUAGAUGAAACAGAGGACCAUUCAGACACUGUUCUGGACUCUUCUGAAGUAUCUACAGAAAAUGGGAAAGGUAGCAGGUUUCCUAAACCUGAGAUGGAGAUUCAGUUCACACCUCUGCAUCCCAAUAAAAUGGAAGUGAAACACCAGGGCAGUGCCUCACCAAUGACUGUAAAAAUGCCCAAGACAAGAAGGAAAAGGAAGAGUAAUGAGCUUGAUGAGGACUUUGUCAGGAGUGAAAACAAGAAAAAUGCCACAACUACAGCUAACGUUAGUUCACCUAUGAAGUCCGGUUCUGCUAAAAUCAACAAGAAGAAAAUGAUGGCCACUACACAAUCAUUUAGAAAGGAAUACCCCUUAAGAAGACAAGUAUCAGCUUCAAGUACAAAGUCAACUCAGAAAAAAGAUGGAACCCUACAAAAGCUUGGAGAUUUCUUUCAAAGUUCUCCUACAAUUAUUCACUCCAAAGCAAAGAAGCUGAUUGCAACAAUAAGCUCCCCCAAAUCGACAGAAAUGGAAACUCACAAAGCAAAGGAGUUCAAGCCGAAACGAACCAAGCGAAAGCUGUACUCAACUGACAUUUCCUUUCCUUUAGACAUUCCUGGUGAUGUGAUUGUUAUGGAUGAAAAGGAAAAGGAAAGUGAUCAUCUAAUCAUCAAGCGACGACUGCGGUCAAAAACAGCAAGAUAAACCGUCAUGUAGAAGCAUGUUUACAUAAUUCUUAAUCAGGUCAUAUUUCUAUUGUAUUAUUUUCAGUUGAUUGUAUAUAAUAAAUUGUAGCUCCUUUAUUAUACUCCCACUACCUCUAUAGUUUUUCUUUUGUGUUAAACCUUCAGAAGUACUGUAUAAAAUCGUGAAUCCAUUAAAGCUGAAAUGUAGUUCAAAAAAA